CCACUGUCUGACCCAAACAACCAGCUGCUCACUGGAGUAAAGCACCACUGGAUCUAGGAGUGUUUUUUUUUUUUUUUUCUUACUAAGCCCGUGGUCUCACCCUGUGUUUUUCAAAACAAAGCAUUAAACUGUGAGGUCUGCUCAUGCAACAUACAUGCCAGCCUGCUUCUGCCCGGUGGAGAGCUGAGAACCCCUUCUUGGGGAUCUGCUAGAAAAAGGCUGUUCAUCCCAUAGCUCCCCCCGUAUGGACGAUGAGGAGGACGAUGUGUUUGAGCCGGAUCCUAACUGCUGGCGCUCGACUUUCAGGGAGAUAAAGUGCAAAGACCGGGGCACGCAGACGCCCGGCCCUGCCCUGGUACCACACAGCGGCAUGCUGCCCUGUGGAGUCGCGGAGGAACCCAGACCACUAUUCUACGGUAACGCAGGUUUUCGAUUGCACUUCCCGGCACGCUUCAAACUCGUCGGGGACCUYGAGGCGAGGCAACAAGACAGGGAAGAGGAGCCAAACGGGAUGGAGCAGCUGCCCCGGCAGCUGCCCGUGGCGUGCAGCAUGGAAGUUUGCAUCGGACAGAAACUCCAGCUGAUMGGAGACCAGUUUCACCGGGAACACUUACAACAGUAUCAUCAAAACCAAAGGAACCAGGGGCCGCUGUGGUGGCGCCUGACUGCAGCUCUCCUCAGCCUUCUGUUUGAUAGAGGGCUCAUGGCUGGAGGAGGGGUCGCAGGACGGAGGUGAGGGGGGAAUCUUCCCCUCCCGUUCCUUGUCUUCAUCUCGGUGAGAAACUGGACUCAUAUUCGCACUGUCAAAUCUAACACGGGUCUGUUUGGGAGAGGAGACAAAAAAAGGUCGCCGCGGGACGGCGACAACCAACGUUUAUACAAGGUCACAUGUUUGUUUUUUUUUUCUGAGAAGAUGCCAUGAUGUUCCGAGAUUCUUCUAAAGGACAAUGUUCAUAUUUUGGCCCGCAUGUGGUGUAGUAGCUUUGUACAGUACAUUGUGUUCACUUUUUUGCACUUCAAAAUGUAUCCUUGUCAAAUGACCUCUGCAGACCCUGGGAAUGCCUUAUUCAGUGUCUUUUGCCAGAAGGAGAAUUGGAACAUUUCUGACAGGCAGGAUGAGACGGUUAGGAAAUGUGGUGCRACUGUUUCUUUUCAGAAGUCUCCCAGGUGACCAGUCAAGUUGAUUUACUAAUUUCCAAAGAGGCCACGUCUCAGAACAAAACAUUUUGCACCUCACCUCUAUGGAACAUUCGUUCUUUAAAUUGUUAUUAUUUCUUACAUUUUUUGUUUGUUUUUCUUUCCUCUGUUUUCUUUAUUUCAAGGUUAAGUUUGACCCUUAGUAUAUUUUAGAAUAUUGGGAAUGAGGACAAUUUUCUGUACAUAGAAAGCUUGGCACACUGUGAAAUGUCAUCUAAAUAUAUUUUUUAAUAUGCACAAAUGUUGAAAGGCAGGACUGUUUUUUAGUCGUGUGCUAUGUAUCAAACAUUUGGGACUUUUUUUUUCUUUGAAGUAUGGGGAGGAGCUGGCAGUCAUCGUCUGGUCUAACAAGCCUGGUUACUGCCAGCAAACCUGACAAACAUCAAAACAAGAAUUGAAAGAAAAAAAAAAUCAAGCCAUGUCUGCACUUUGUUGUUACACAAACUGACAAGAUUACUAAGCAAUGACAAACAAUCCAGUUAUAGAUUAGAUCAGUAGAACAGUAAACCCAUAAAUCAUAAAAAGAAAUGCUGCAGUGUCAAGCAAAUAAUUAAACAAAUAAAUUCAGUUAGCAGUUUUUGUUAUGAUUCAACUCAGGCUAAGUCAUGAUUUUAAUUAAAGGUUUGCUGUCUUACUUGUUCAGGGUUUUUUUCUUUUAUUAUUGUGAGGUGCAGCUGUCAUCCAUCAAAUUAAUCUCAUGUUUUUCAUUAACAACUUCCUGUACUGCUAAAUUUGAUCUAAAAUAACACAGUGAGAAGAUUUUAAUAUCAAAAUCUUUGGGUGUUAAAUUUUGGAUGCAUACAUAAAAUGACUGAGGUUUAGCAUCAUGCACUAAAUAAGAGCGAAAAAUCAAGCAGUGAGCAGACUUUACCUAAAGUUAAUAAAACUUUCUCAUCAGCGUUUCCCUUUAAAUGUUUAAUCAUAUUCUGUGGAUUUUUAUUUUCAUAGAUAAUCAGUUUCUAGUUUAGCCUCUUGCCCAAUGCCUGAGAUUAUAGUUCUAUUUUUUAGGUGUUUCUUUUUUUUUCAUGUGAUUGUUUUCAGACCUCCAUGCCCUUCAAGUGGAACUUUGGAUCCACUGUUUUUGCACUAAACUUCCACCAUCCUUCAAGAGUUCAGAUUGUUACCAAACUAAUCUCUGUCUUGUAUGAAGGUUUCCUUGCCGCAGCAUUUCACUCCUUUUUUUUCCUCCCCCCACCAAGACAAAUAAUCAGUAUUAAGGCCUGACUGAGCACGGUCUGGGUUUGAAAUCACUUCUGGAAAUUUCACUAACCAGUGUUUCAGGCUGAAGAAGAGAACGAGUUGAAGUCACGUCCCUUAAUUCAAAUAAUAUUUUUUUGUGGGUUGUUUCUCACAGCAGGACAGAUCUGAACACCAAACAAUAUGAAGUAAACAAUCUGUGAAACAGAAUCUCCUGCUUUUACGAUACCCAUCUGUUUUUUUUUUUUUUAUUAUUAUUUUUGGGUGAUCUUAUAUUCUCUCUAGUGCUUAGGUUCAGAUUUGGGACAGCACACACAACCACCACUGGCUCAGAGAAACAGUCUGAAACAAAAGUAUAAAAGACUGUAAUUACUGUUGAAAUAUGAAUAUGUUUAAAUACACUGUUGAAGAUGCUGUUUUUUGUUUUGUUUUGUUUUUUUGGGGGGGUGGGGGAUGGGGCUUUCUUUUGGACCCAAGGAGCAGUACAUAUCAGGGGUCUGUAAUUACUUGCUCCUUACAGUGUAUCAAGUUCAUCACUGCUUAAUUAGGGUUUUCUUUCAUUUUCUCUUAAGGUGUCUCAGGGACAGACUUUUUGGGCUACUGGUAACCUUGAGAAUCUGUUACACAGUUAGAUGUAAAGCAGUGUUGUCACCUUUUCUUUCCUUUCACUUGCAAAUCUUCAAGGCCAAUUUCUAGCACACACGUAUUGGUGCAUGUUUGGGGAGUCUGAGGCUGACGUGCCGGCUGUGGUGGUGACAGGGGCUACGGGGUUUGCAGUCAGAGGCGCGUGAGGUGCGCUGAAUGUGGUUGUGGUAAUAGUUUCCUGCGGAUCCUGAACGCUGAGCCAGUCCCUGUAGCACCUCGUCUCACCAGUGGCGCUUGACGUCCUCUUCUAGCCGCUCCUCCAAGACAUGGCUUUUACUCAUUAUCUUACUUUGUUUUAAUUUAUUUUUUUCUGCUUUUUUAAUUUAUUUUUGUAUACUUACCUGUUUCUACUGUAUACGAUUGUGUGUGCAAUCACCUCUUCCCUUUUUUUAAUGUUUCGGUCUUGGACUUUUACUCGGGCUGGUUGUCUUUGCAGAGCAAGUUGGCUGUCAUUGUGCCUGAACAUUUUGUAUCUCUUAUUUCUCCUGCAGAAGAAGGGCUGUCUGAAAUGAUGCUACAAAUAAUUUCAGCUGUGGGAAAUUUCAACCACUAACUGCAAUCUCUGCACAAACCCUCUGCUUCUGGCCAGAGCAUAAACUUGUUACUAUUUGAAUUCAUUGUUGCCAUUGGGUGGAGUACUCACUCCAAAAGGUUGAGAUGUUUGUAGGAAUGGGCCAACUAGUGUAGGUCGUUUUUUUAUUAUCAUUUUCAGCCUCUUAAUUUACCAGAUUCCCAAUAUGUGUUUUUAUAAAUGCAGUAGCUUAAAUGCAAUUCAAACUUUCAACUGAAUAGGACCUGAUCAUUGAUCAAACCCACCUCUAAAGACACACAGGACUGACAAAAGGCAUUUUUGCACUGAAAAGCCCGACCCAGGCCAGCUUGGCUUCAAACUCAGGUUCAGCAUGUUUGCAUUAACCCUUAAGGCCCAGUUCCACCCCGAUUUCUGUAACCCUGAGACCCCUGGUUCUAUCUAGGCCAGUCUGCUUGGCCCGAUUAGACCUCAGCUACUGCUGCUUAUUGGUGGAUUCGCUGACCAGGGGCAUUACGUCACAGAUGAGAGUGACUUUACAUGAAUCAAUUGCAGCGACUAACAUUUUUUUUCACACGAGUUUAACUACACAACAGUAGCGAGCUAUCAAACAACAAGAACCUAACAUUAGCUACCAUUAUCUUACCGUUCCCCGUCGUCCUGCCCUCUUGUCUUAAACGCCACAUUACUGGACGAUUUGGUUCAAUCUUUGGAACAUUUCUUUGAAGUUUGUCGUUGUCCAUUAUUGUUGUGUCGCCAAUUAAACAAAAUAAGAUUCACGUGCAUUUAAUAUUCUGAUCCCGCCCACAUCGAGGCUACACUCUGCUCAAUUCAACCAAGGUGGUUAGGCCAGGCCCACUAGAGCGGGGGAGCAGGCUGAGCCGGGCCUUACAAUUCAAAAAUGCCUAAAAAAAACAAAAACAAAAUGGUUGCCUGAUUAGUCUACACGAAUCACAGAAUGUUAGCUUGUUUUCUGUCCUUGAUUUCUUAAUCUGUUGUAAUCAGUAUGCACUGGAAAGUACUUUGUUUCUGUAAAUCCCGUAGGGCUUUUAUCUGUUGUGUGUUGAUGUAUAGCAUAUACUCUGAAUUGUUCUCUUGGGCUAAUCUUGCCACGUGUCAGCUGUAUAUCUGUGCAUUGACUAAGAAGGUUCAGGUAUGAUGGCCUGUUGAUUUAUUGGAAAGGGAAACAAGCCACCACGGUGCUCUUUAUGAUAUUGCUUAGCGUGAGGUACCUAAUCUGCGCCCGUAUUGUACGCGAGUCCAGCGUUCCAAGAGUGGAACAGGUACUUUAUGGGAAYCAUCAGUGUCUUGAAUUUUAUUGUCCACUUUAUAUAUAAAAUGAAAGUUGCUUUUUAAAAAAAAUUUAAAAGAUUUUGAUCGUUGUUUUUUAUUUUUACAAUAACAGCUUUUUUUCUCUUUGUGGUCCUUUUUAACUUUAAACUGUAUUUUCUUAAAAAAAUGGUCUGUUUUUGUAAGGACAGUUCAUGCUUGUAAUGUAAACUUUAAUACAAGUAGAAUCCUUUUGAAGUCAAUGAGAACAAAACAACUUGUUUUUUUAGAUAGAAAAUGGACUUGUAACAUUCCUUGCACAUUUUCCCAUCAUGAAAUGAAAGCAGGCAAACCAAAUAAAAUCCACGGUUUGCUUGAUUUGGCUAAUAAUUUUGUAGCUAUCAAAUACUUACUUACCUGUUUGUUUGUUUUGACACAACAGAUGAAGUGUACAUGUAUUUUAAAAAAAAGAAAAACCCUGGAAUAUGCCUUUAACUGCUCAGUUUCAAUGAAGUCUUGAUUAUCACACRCUCUCUGUAUACCAAGAAAUGAGACCCAGCAAAAAUGUAGCAUUUUUGUAAACAUUGACUGUGUGUUUUCGAGACUCUACUGUGCACUCUAUUUUUGUGUUCAUGUAUUAUUGUUUUUUUUUUUUUCCUGGUUGUUAAUAUUCAUAUGGAAGUUAAGACAAUUUGUUAUGUAGUGCAAUAUGCUGUACAUACAGAGCUUUACUCUACAAAUCUUCUUUUUCCUGAAUUUCUUGUUGUUUAUUGGUACCCUUUUUUAAAUAAAAUUUUAUUGACUAUAUUAAAA